UGCAGGCUGCGAAGCGGUUGUUUUGUGCAGGCUGUGACGUUGCCCUAGUGAUGUUGGCUUCCUUCCCCUUGCACGGCUUUCUCAGAGCCUCUGUCAGCUCCACCUCCGCCCCGCGCCUCGGCUCAGGCCCGUGGGGACACGUGACGUGACGCCCUGCGCCACUGUUUGCUUUCGGGGACACGGGAAGGCGGCCGUGGACGGGGGUCCCGCGGCUUCCCCCCGGCCCCACGCUGCCCCGGGCCGGCCCCACGGGCUGGGACAGGGAGCUGCUGGUGCCUCGUGUCCCGCCGCAGGAUCCGGCCCCGGGUCGGGGGAAGGUGACAGUUCCCAAGAUGUCCCUGUGGAGCAUCGUCUCCCACAUGCCGCCGGAGGAGUUCAGCGGCCUCUUCGCAGAGUUUCCGCGCAGCCUGCGCUGUCUCCUGGCCGACUGGCUGGAGAACCAGCCCUGGGAGUUCAUCAAUGGCUCAGACUCCUUCUGCAGCAGCGUGGCCAGCGGGAUGCUGGCGGCCGUGCUGGAGAAGCUCCGCGGUGCCGCCGGCAGCGACGGGCAGCAGUGCCAGAUCCUGCAGCAAAUCAACAGCCUGGAGAACACGUAUCGCCGGGACCCGCUGCGGCUCGUGGCCGUGCUCAGAGCCAUCCUGGAGGGCGAGAAAGCCGCCGUGCUCAAGAGGGACCGGCACCUGCCCCUCAGCUUCCACCGGCGGCAGGAGGAGCUGAAGUUCAACGUGGGGCUGCAGCGGCUGCAGCACCGCGUCCGCGAGAUCCAGGCACUGCGGGACGGCCUCAAGGCCUCUCCUCAGGUGAGCGUGCGGGACCCGCAGCUGGAGGCAGAAGCGAAACCCCCCGAGCGUGAGCUGUCCAGCCUGAUCCUGGAGGCUGUGAAAGAGCUGGAGGUGACCAAGCAGCAGGUACUGAAGAGGAUCCAGAUCUGGAAGAGGCAGCAGCAGCUGACAGGGAACGGAUCUGUCUUCGAGGAGAACCUGGCUCCGCUGCAGAAGAGAUGCGAGAGCCUGGUCGAGGUUCAUUUCCAGCUGCAGCAGCAGGUGAUGGCGUCGGGCUCCGAGCUGGGUGCUGAGCUGCUGCCCCGGCUCCUGGAGCGCUUCAACGAGGUGUUAUCCAGCCUGGUCAGGAGCUCCUUCCUGGUGGAGAAGCAGCCCCCGCAGGUGCUGAAGACUCAGACCAAGUUCCAGGCCAGCGUCCGGUUCCUGCUGGGCCCCCAGCUGCUGAAAGCCUCGGCCAAGCCCUACAUGGUGAGGGCCGACAUGGUGACGGAGAAGCAGGCGCGGGAGCUGGCGCUCAGCACCCACAGCAGCACCCUCAGCGAGAGCACUGGGGAGAUCAUGCACAACGUGGUGGGGCUGGAGACCAACCCCAGCAGCGGCACCUGCUGUGCCAACUUCAAGAACGUGCUGCUGAAGAAGAUCAAGCGCUGCGAGCGGAAGGGGUCGGAGUCGGUGACGGAGGAGAAGUGCGCGGUGCUGUUCAGCACCACCGUGGCCCUGAGCCCCGGCAACCUCUCCCUUCACCUCCAGGUCCUGUCCCUGCCCAUCGUGGUCAUCGUCCACGGGAACCAGGACAACAACGCCAAAGCCACCGUGCUGUGGGAUAACGCCUUCUCCGAGAUGGACCGGGUGCCCUUCGUGGUGGCCGAGAGGGUGCCCUGGGAGAAGAUGUGUGAGACCCUGAACGUGAAGUUCAUGGCGGAGGUGCAGACCACCAAAGGGCUUCUCAAGGAGCACUACUUCUUCCUGGCCCAGAAGAUCUUUAACGACCACAGCGCCAGCUUCGAGGAGUUCCAGAGCCGCAGCGUCUCCUGGGCCCAGUUCAACAAGGAGAUCUUGCCUGGUCGAGGAUUCACCUUCUGGCAGUGGUUUGAUGGAGUCCUUGACCUCACCAAGAGAUGCCUCAAAAGCUACUGGUCAGACAGGCUCAUCGUCGGCUUCAUCAGCAAGCAGUACGUGUGCAAGCUGCUGAGCACGGAGCCCGACGGCACCUUCCUGCUGCGCUUCAGCGACUCGGAGAUCGGCGGCGUCACCAUCGCCCACGUCAUCCGGGGCAAGGACGGAUCCAGCCAGGUGGAGAACAUCCAGCCCUUCUCUGCCAAGGACCUGUCCAUCCGCUCCCUGGGCGACCGCAUCCGGGACCUGGGGCAGCUCCGUAACCUCUACCCCAACACCCCCAAGGACCAGGCGUUCGGGAGCCACUACAACAAGGAGCAGACGGGCAAAGACGGACGGGGCUACGUCUCCACGGCCAUCAAGAUGACGGUGGAAAGCGAAAGGGAGCAGCAGCCCCAGGGCACUGCAGGGGUUCCCCCUGAAGCCCCCCAGCCCCAGAUGUUCAAUCUGCCCGUGCUGCAGCCUGAGCUGCACCCAGAGAGCCUGCAGCCAGUCCUCAACCCCAUCUGCCCCCCUGCGUCCUUCUGCCCCCAGCCCCUCCCCGCAGGCUACCCCCCAGCCGACAGCAACGUCAACAUGAUGGUUCCCAACAACCUCGGGACCUUCUCCAGCACGGCGCCGAUGCUCUCCUCGGCCCUGGGCAUGGAGCCCACGCUGCCCCACUGCCAGGACGUGCCCUUCGGGAACCCCUUGCCCUUCAUGCCCGCCCAGUACAUGCCAGGGGAGGCCUCACAGCUGCUGCCUGGGGGUCCCUCGCCAGAGCCACGGGACGAGGAGAUGGAUGAGUUGCCCCCCUUUGUGUCCAUGGUGGACCCCCCGCUGCAGAGCUCCCCAAGGAUGCCGCCCACCAUGGACCUGCCCCCCGCCUCUGACUGCGACCCCUUCCUGGGGCUGCCCCUGGAGGGGCCGGUGCUGUGCAACCCCUUCACCACCCCCCAGCCCCACAGCGGGUACCCCAGUCCCAACACGUCCUGCUGGGGGCUGGGGGAGAGCCGGUGGGACGACGGUGUCCGGCCAGGACACGCCUGAGGGGGCUGUGCUGGGGGCUGGGGGCUGGGGGGGGGGAUGCUGGACUGUGACACCCCCUCCCCAGCCUUGGCUGGGAGCCUGGACUCGACACAACUCUUUCCAGGGUGGAAACUCAGGCAGGGGAGGGGGGUGGGAUUCAGCGUGGGGGGGUAAACGCUGUGGGUAACCCCCCCCUUCCCCACCCCCUCGUGUGUAUUCGCUGCACUUUGGAGCCGCUGCUGUGGGGUUGGGGGGGGGGUUGCAGGGGCUGCGGGACCCCGACCUGAGGAGGGAUGUGGGGAGGGGGGUUACAGUGCCCUCAGCCCCCACCCCCGCGCUCGGCCCCCUCCUCCCCCCCCCGGGGCCGCGAUGCGUCAUGGACGGGGGCGGGAGGCGGAACCGUGCGGGGGGGCAGCGCUGUGCGUGACGGGGCCGCCCCCGCACCGGGCUUAGAGCCGCUGCGACCCCCCCCGCACUGCUGCGGGGUGGGACUGGGAAACCCCCCCCGCCGGCAGGGCUCGCUUUGGGGUGUGGGAGCUGUGUCCGUCCCCCCGGGGCCGU